CAUACUUUCCCUUCUCUUAUACUUGUUCAUAUCGUAAAAUGGCUAAACCAAUUAUUUGCUUAUUUUUGCUAGCCAUCACUUUUGGAAAUGCCAAUGCAGCAAGAAUCCUUGAUGAAGUAACUCCACAAAUCCCACUCCCUGCACCCAACGUGCCUCAACCAUCUUAUCCAACGGAGCUCGAUAAUCCCGAUAUAGUACCACCACUCGUAGCGGCUCCUGCCACCUCCACCACUGUUAGCCCUUCCCUCCCUAUAGAACCAGCGGCGCCUGUUAUCCCACCUGUGCAAGAUGUGCCCGAUACUGAGGUUGCACCAAUAGCUACUACCACUGCCACCACGUCCCCUAGCGGGAUCACUGCCACCACCAACACCGCUGUUAGCCCUUCUAUCCCUACAGAACCAGCUACUCCUGAUAUCUCACCUGUGCAAGAUGUGCCCGAUACUGAGCAUGCGCCAGUAGCUGCUACCCGUGCCACCGCAUCCCCUAGCGGGACCGCCACCACAGCUGCCACCACGACUGCCACUGGUGCAACCGUGGCAAAUCCUAUUCCAGAUCACUCCACGUUGUCCUUCUUCAUGCAUGAUAUCCUCGGAGGCUCACAUCCUUCCGGCAGGGUAGUAACCGGAAUCGUGGCCAAUUCCGAUGCCAAUAGCCUCCCAUUCUCAAAGCCAAACAACCAAAUCUUCCCCAUCAAUGGUGGCGUUCCACUCAACACCAUCAAUGGCGUAGUCAACAACAACAACUACCCCUUCCUCGUCGGCCUAAAUGGCUCACCAACCAACUCCAACUUCCAGAACAGCGGCAACAACGACAUCGUUAACGGUGGAAACAACCAAGCAUUCGUCACAGCUGGGCAACUUCCGGCCGGCCUAACGCUCCAACAGCUCAUGUUUGGCUCCGUCACCGUUGUUGAUAACGAGAUAACAGAAGGACACGAAUUGGGUUCAGCAGUUCUUGGAAAAGCUCAAGGAUUUUACUUAGCAAGUUCUUCAGAUGGCAGUACCCACACUCUUGCAUUGACAGCAUUAUUUCACGGUGGUGAGCAUGAAAUAGAUGACACCAUUAGUUUCUUUGGCAUCCACAGGACAGCUACCCCAAUUUCUCACAUUGCUAUUGUUGGCGGAACUGGAAAGUGUGAGAAUGCAAAAGGUUAUGCCACCAUUGAAACUCUUCCCCAUGUGGACCAGCAUACUACUGAUGGAGUCGAAACUAUUACACAUUUCACUGUUUAUCUUACUCCCUAGAGGAUUUGCAUUACGAUAUUUAUCGAGUUAUUCAAGUCAUGUUGGGUUAAUUUAGAUGAUGAUGAUGUAAAAUAUCGUUUAAUUAAUGUUGUGAGUUCUUAAUCA